AUGGGGAACCGGGUCACCAGGGAUGACUUUGAGUGGGUCUAUACAGAUCAACCUCAUACAGAGAGAAGGAAGGAGAUCUUGGCCAAGUACCCUGAGAUCAAGAAGCUGAUGGGUCCAGAUCCCCAGCUGAAGUGGGUGGUGUCCCUGAUGGUGCUGACCCAGCUGGUGGCCUGCUACUUGGUGAAGGACCUGCCUUGGAAGUGGGUCUUCUUCUGGGCGUACGCCUUCGGGGGCUGCCUCAACCACUCCAUGACGCUGGCCAUCCACGACAUCUCCCACAACGUGGCCUUCGGCAACAAGGAGGCCAAGUGGAAUCGCCUUUUCGGCAUGUUCGCCAACCUGCCCAUCGGGGUCCCCUACGCCACCUCCUUCAAGAAGUACCACGUCGACCACCACCGCUACCUGGCCGGGGACGGGCUCGACGUGGACGUCCCCACGGCCUUCGAGGGACGGUUCUUCCACUCGCCGCCCCGCAAGAUCCUCUGGCUUUUCCUGCAGCCCGUCUUCUACAUCCUGCGGCCCCUCUACGUCAACCCCAAGCCCUUCACCGGCCUGGAGGUGAUCAACGUCGCCGUGCAGCUGGCUUAUGACCUCUUGAUCUACUCCUUGUGGGGGCCCAAGCCCGUCUUCUACAUGAUCGCCGGCUCCACGCUGGCCAUGGGGAUCCACCCAAUCUCCGGACACUUCAUCGCUGAGCACUACAUGUAUCUCAAGGGCUACGACACCUUCUCCUACUACGGCCCCUUGAACUGGCUGACCUUCAACGUGGGUUAUCACAUGGAGCACCACGAUUUCCCCAGCAUCCCGGGCAGCAGGCUGCCGCUGGUAAGAAUCUCCCUGCCUGCAAGCGUCGGGCUGGAAGGGGCAGAAGCCCUGGGAAAGUGGGCGGAGCCCAGCGGGGAACCCAAAGACCCGCCCCUUAAAAUGGGGAGGGGCCACGGAGCCUGGCAAUCAAGUGAAUACGGGUGA